AUGAUAACAUUACAGGGAAAUAGUAGUACAUCAACGUAUACAAUCGCAGCCGCAGUAGCAACUGGUGCUUAUGCAUCGCUGGAUGCUUCCUACAAGCCAGCCAGCGAUUUCACAAAGGCCGAGAUUGCAGAGUCUGACAAGAAUCUCAACUUCAGCAACUAUACAAUGUACGAGGAGGUUGACUGUGGAUUUGUUGUCGCCCCAAACACGACAAGAAUAAUGGAUACAAGCGGCGAAAAUGUAGCUAUCGAUUCCGACGCCAUCAUUGCGCUAGCACAGUUUCUAGCGCGCACUGGUGUCUAUAGAGUACAAGACAAAGUGUAUCAAGUACGUGGUAUGGAUCUGGCUACAAUGACUAUCAUUGAAGCUCCCGAAGGACUGAUAGUGGUAAAUCUACUCGGCAGCUCCGAGCCUGCUAAGAUAGCAUUCGAACUAUAUAUGACGCAUGAAUCCUUCAUUAACGGAUCCAUUCAAGUAGUCGCCCCUCUCAACUUUGUUGAAGAGGCGCUGUCUGAGAACUAUAUGGUCGCCGGAUCAAUGUUUCGACGCGCGUUCUACAUGUACGGAAAUCUUAUCAAACCUCAUGCCCAGGGCUCGAUCCACGCUGGACUCGCGUUCGGUGCUGCCAACUCACAGUUUGGUUUCGUGGCACCCACCAUCUCUAUUGACACCGAUCUCGAACACCAUACAAUGGCUGGACUGGAUUUCGAAUUCAUGCUGACUCUGAGUCCUGAAGCACCAAGCGAGUUUCACUUCUUUGUGCCCGAGUUGAAAUUACUUAAUACGGGUGAAAAUGUUGUUAUGGGGAUGCAUAAUUGUUUAACGCCCAGAGGUGCGAAAGAAGACCUUAGAUCAUUAUGGCUAGUGGAGAACAUGAUUGGACAGCAUCACUGGCCUAAAUAUGGCAAUGCUGCUGUUGUCGAACAUCUCGAAAAUUAUCGUGACACUAUCAAGUUCCCUCAUAAUCAGGCUGUUCGUCUGCUAAAAUUGGGCCUAGGUAUGGAAGAGAUCAGCGAAACAAUCGAGUUGCCAGCCUCAUUGGAUUCCAACUUCAGUACACGUGGUCACUACGGACAUCUCAAACACAACUCCAAGGAGGUAUAUCAAUUCUAUGUUGGCUGGUGGGACGGUAAACCCGCUACCUAUCAGCAACUUCCUCCGGUCGAGCGUGCACAGCAGUAUGCUGCCGACAUGGGAGGGAAUGCAGAAGUGAGAAAGAGGGGCGAGUGGCACCGUGACAACGAAAACUACAGGUACUGCGCAAAGAUCAUGAACCACGCGGUUUUCAACGAUCCCACGGAUAUGGCGGCAAAGUACCUGGAAGCUGAUUGUUUGGAGCAGAUCGGCUACAGCGAAGAGAGUGGGCCUCGCCGCAAUUAUAUGCAGACUGGGUCUGAAGAGUUAAGACAUGGAAAAGGGGCUUACCCGCCCGCUGACCUUGGACCAUCGUUUGUACUGAACAUGCCAUUGUACAUGCUUCUUCAGGGUCUGGAGAUUCGAAUCAACCCCGAGCAAGCCAACAAGGCGCACGGUCUAUCGAUCUUGGUCGGUGUUGAAGAAACCAACGAGAUGCUCGACGUGCGCAUCUCGAAUGCGGUCAUGCUUUCACUACCUAUCACCGACAUGAAUCCACGCUCCGGGUCUACGGCCAAUUUCACAGCCAAAACCAGAUCUGACCUCAUCGCUGCUCUGGUAACCGAAAACUCUUCGCUGGUCAGUGUGACAGGUGAUAUAGAUGCACUCAAGGAGUUUGCUAGUUGCAUAUCCACCGAUGAAGACGCAACUUGGAAUGUGAUGACUCCUAGAGACUUCUACGAGCCCAAACCACAGAAGACAUACCCUGCCAGUUUGAUCCAAACAUUAGUGGCACAGACGUCUACAGCUGAAUCUAGCUGCGUCGAGCAGUCCUGUCUGGACCAAGGUCUGAGUGUGGGUGCUGUAGUAGGUGUUGCCGUAGCAGCACUAAUUGUUGGUUUGGUUGGAGGCAUCGGGGUCAAUACAAUUGUUUACCGAAGGAAAAACAACGCUUGCGCGGCUGAAUCGACCACAGAUCUUGGUUAA